AUGUCUAACCUAAGUAGCCCUGUAUCAACCCGCAGCACUGCCUCGGGGCUUGAGAUACCCAUCUUGGGAUAUGGUGUUUAUGAUGUGCCUAACAUCGUGACCGAGGAGGUGGCCACUAUGGCGUUGAAGGCUGGAUACCGUCACAUCGACUCAGCUGCAUGGUAUGAGAACGAGAAGGAAUGUGCUUCCGCUAUUGGAAAAGCAGGCCUCAAACGAUCCGACGUUUUCCUCGCCACCAAGGUCUUCCCCGAGCCGGCCGGGCAUGGCGUCGGCUACGAUGCUGCCAAGCGAUCGAUACAGCAGAGCCUGGAGAACGCUCAAACCUCUUACUUCGACUUGAUUUUGAUCCACGCGCCGUACGGUGGAAAGGGAGCUCGGCUCGGUACGUGGCGCGCCCUUGUGGAGGCACAAGAAGCUGGACAAGCCCGAUCGAUUGGUGUAUCAAAUUACGGAAUCCCCCACCUGGAAGAACUGGAGGAGUACAUUCAGAGUGGUGGCGGGGGCCAGAUUGAUGUUGCUCAGUACGAGCUGCACCCUUGGCUAGCUCGUGCUAGUCUGGUAGACUGGUUGCGUAAGAGAGGGGUAGUUAUUGAGGCGUAUUCCCCACUCGCUCGAGGUACUCGCAUGGAGGAAUCUGCUUUGCUGUCUCUAAGUGAGAAGCACCGAAAAACGCAGGCCCAGAUCUUGAUCCGGUGGAGUCUUCAGAGGGGGUUCAUUCCGUUAGUCAAGAGUUGCACCGCCGAUCGGAUCAUACAUAAUACGGAGGUUUUUGACUUUGAGCUGGAUGAGCAUGAUAUGAAACUGCUGCAUACUGAGGAGUAUUCACCUACAUUAUGGGACCCCACUGUGGAAUUAGAUUGA